CUCUUCUGCAAACCAUUACCACCACUACCAAACUCCAAUCUAUAUUACGCACAGUGCACACACAUUAAAUAUUUAAUAAUAAUUCCCCUCACAUUUUCCCAGAAAAAUAAGAAUUCCAAUCUUGUCCUUUGGGUUCAUUUUUUUAUGCGAAUGUUCGCUACCAAUGCCACGAGCAACCUCUUCUUCCCCUGCAGCCCUUCGUCCUUCCGGUGCCGCGCCGCCGCCGGAGACCUCUCCGCGGGCCCCUCCUUCAUCCAGUCCGUCGCCGGCGGUCUAAGAAUUGGCCAGUUCCCCGACGGCGCAGGACUCGCCGUGGAAGGACGGCGCGGCGGCGGCGGAAACGAACCAAUAAGGGUGAAGAAAUGGUCUCGGAAGAAUGAGAGUUACUUGGAUAACGACGCCGAGCCUCUUCCCCUUCCAAUGACGUAUCCCGAUUCCUCGCCCGUUUCGCAAGAAGAGAUUGAUAAGCGCCUCCAAUGCGAUCCCCAAAUUCAGGAUUGUAAAGAGGUGGUGUAUGAAUGGACUGGGAAGUGCCGUAGUUGCCAAGGAUCGGGAUAUGUGAGCUACUAUGGCAAGAGAGGGAAACCGGUUACCUGCAAAUGCAUUCCUUGCAUGGGAAUUGGUUACGUGCAGAAGAUAACAGCUCGCAAGGAUAUUGAUGUAAUGGAGGAUUUGGAGAAUGGAAAACCACCAUGAUGGUUGAUGGUUCUCUCAGACCCCCUCAGUCUUAGAUUCUUGUUUUAUUUCAUUUCAACACCUCGAGAAUUUGGACUUUAUUUAUCUUGAUGAGUUAAAUAUAUAUUCUACCAUAAAUAGUUCCUCAAAAUAUUACGUAAAGGAACAUUGUUACGAUUAGAUUUGGUAAACAAUGUACCCACUAGAAUACUGACUUGAUUAAAAAAAAUCCCCCCAAAGGAAGAUAGGAAAACACACUUGUAUCUUUUGGAAAGAAUAUAUUCUUUUCCAUAAACUAUGCUUAUCUUUUGGUA